CGGGAAUAAAAGAUCCCCGAACCCGAAAGCCCGACGGAGUUUAUUUUGCCACAUUCUUAUCAGAUGGAUCUGAUAACCUUAUUUCCCCUGCUCGCUUCUUAGGGCCAUGAAUCAAAGAAUUCACCGAGUGGGGCUGAACGGAAUUUCCAUGGACAGGUAGGGGUUGCUUGAUCGCCGGGAAGGAACUCAGGUAUGAAGUGAGGCUUGGGAGAUGGGGAGAGUAGGAAUCGGGGACGAAGAAGGUCCGGUUGGAGACGUGGUCUUAUGGGUUGAUGGCGAAUAUAAUAUUGUCUGCCUAUCCUUCUUUUUGUUAUUUAUAUUCUCUCUCCUUUCAGUCAUCUUUCUUAUUCCAAAGUUCUUAGAUAUACAGGCGAACUCAUGGCAAACGACAAACUCCACCUCUUCACCAUCCUUCCCCGCCUGCUCAUCACCUACCUCCCAACCCUCCUCCUCCAGCGCCUCCAAGCCAUCAUCCACUCCCUAACAUACCGCUCCCUUCCCCCCUCCUCCCUAAAAACAGUCCUCGUUCUCGGCGGCUCCUUCACAGGCACCGCGCUCGCCCGCCGCCUGAGACAGACCUUGCCCACAGGGUACCGCGUCGUCCUCAUCGAGAAAAACUCCCAUUUCAACUACUCCUUCAACUUCCCCCGCUACGCCAUCGUCUCCGGGCUCGAAGAACGGGCUUUCAUCCCAUACACUAACCUCGCGUCCUCGGCUCCGAAAGGGAUCUUUGCCCAGGUGCAAGGGAAUGUCGUUUCGGUCGAUGGAGUGAAGAAAGAAGUUGAGCUGGAAAACGGGGAGAAAGUCGGGUUUGAGUUCUUGGCUGUGGCGACGGGGAGUAGGCAGGGGUUUCCGGCGAAGGUGCAGGCGACGGAGAAGAGGGAUGGGGUAGAAGAGUUUAGAGAGUUUCAGGAGAGGGUUAGGGGGAGUGGGCGGAUUGCGGUUGUGGGUGGUGGGGCGGUCGGGGUGCAGUUGAGUGCUGAUGUUAAGGAGUGGUUUCCGGAGAAGGAGGUGCUGUUGGUGCAUUCUAGGGAGAGGCUUUUGAGUGGGUUUGGAGAGAGAUUGGGUGAUUAUGUUGCUGGUAGACUCGGUGAGAUGGGGGUUAAGCUUAGGCUUGGAGAGAGGCCUAGUGUUGGGUCGGGAGAGAAGGCGACGACGUUGAAGUUUAAGGAUGGGAGUGAGGAGGUAUUCGAUCUUAUGAUUCCUUGUACUGGCCAGAUACCAAAUUCCAGCAUUAUCAGCAGCCUAGGCCCUGACGUUCUGGCAAAAUCUGGGAGGAUAAAUGUCAAGCCAACACUUCAGCUUUCCGACCCAGCAUACCCUCACAUUUUCGCCUUAGGAGAUGUAGCUGAGACAUAUGGCCCCAAGAUGGGAAGAGCUGGCAUGAUGCAGGCUGAGAUCGUGGUUUCCAACAUCCUCUCCAUGAUCAAAGGAGGUGAAGCUUCAAAGAAAUACGUGCCACACUUUGUGGAAGGUGCGCUGAAGCUAAGUCUUGGGAAAUCGGAGAGUGUGAUUUAUGUCAAGGAGAGUCCUGAGAGGGAUAUUUUGGUGCCUGGGAAGAGUAAGUGUAAGAAUGAAGACUUGGGUAUCGCGCAGGUUUGGAAACAUUUCGGAGCUGAUACCAAGGAUUACAGCGUUUAGGGGAAUUGAUUGAGGUUGAGAAAUUGUAUAACACUUUUGGCUUGUCUUAGAUACCACUCCUGCAAUAGAGAAUUAAGAACUGAAAAAGUUGGUCUUGAUCUGGAGCAUUUGAUGGGCUAAAGUCAU